AUGGAUGGCGAUCCUGCGGUAGAGCCUCAGCUCGAUGCCUUUAGCCUGGUAUUUCCUCUGCCGUACCGAGUCGGGUUCAUAGUCACUCUAGCUGUCUGGGGAUGGGGUCUCAACCUCCAUUGGCUGCAUGCCUUCCGAAUCGACGUUCCCUCCUUGAUUCGAUAUCCCGGACGAAGCUCGCCGCAGCAUAUAUCGCAUCACCUGUCGACGUACCGACUGGCCAUAGUCUUGACGGCGCUCUUCUCGCUGUCGAUUGUGCUGUUCUGGCUGUGCACCUGGCACGUGCCAGCCCGGGUCAUCGCCUACGACUGGAUGCCCAUGACCUACCUUGUCGCCCUGGUGGCAUGCUUCUUCGUACCUCUGCGCAAUCUGCCUACGGGUGGCCGGAGGCGCUUCCUUGCGACGCUGCGACGCGUAAGCAUUGGCGGCAUUGCGGAGGCGCAGGAUGGCAAGUUCGGAGACAUCCUGCUGGCCGAUGUCUUGACAUCGUAUUCAAAGGUGUUUGGCGACGUGUUCGUGACGCUGUGCAUGUUCUUCAGCGCCGGAGGAUCUUCCACGGACCAUCCCAACAGGAGCUGCGGGGGGACGCUCUUUGUGCCGCUGCUCAUGGCCGUGCCGAGCAUGAUCCGUCUGCGCCAGUGCCUCAUCGAGUACCUGAGAGUUCGCCGGGCCCCGUUCAAGGAGUCGACCGGCUGGGGCGGCCAACACCUGGCCAACGCGCUCAAGUACUCGACCGCAUUCCCCGUCAUCAUCACAAGCGCUAUGCAGAGGGGGGCCGGGCCAGACAGCGACAUGGCCGCCCUGCACCGGGCCUGGCUGGUCGCCGUCACGCUCAACUCGCUGUACUCAUUCUACUGGGACGUGGCCAAGGAUUGGGACCUGACGCUCUUCUCCUCGCGAGAGCGGGCAUCAGUGCACCACCCGUGGGGCCUGCGCGAUCGGCUCGUCUUCCGCUCCGCUGGCCUGUACUACGCCGUGAUUGGCCUUGAUUUGAUGCUGCGUUGCUCGUGGUCGAUGAAACUGAGUCCUCAUCUGGAUAAAUUUAGCGACUAUGAGAGUGGCAUUUUCCUGAUUGAGCUGCUCGAGGUCUUCCGCCGCUGGAUGUGGAUCUUCUUCCGCGUCGAGACCGAAUGGAUUAGGAAUUCAUCUACAGGGCUCGGCAUCGACGAUAUCUUGCUGGGCGAUUACCAGGGAAAAGACGAUGAUGACUAG